AUGCUUAAGUCGCAGUGGAUUGCCAAUAAAUUGGCGUAUUUGCUUGAAACCAGUCUUAAAGACAUGCCGGUGCACGACAACAAUGCUGUGCUUGGGAUGCUGGUUGCCUUUUUCUUUGGGGUGGUUAGCCCGCACGUGUGCAAUAGAUUCUUUAUCCGAGAAGUGUUUAAUGUGCUGAUCGGGGGUGUGGUUCUUUCUGCGCUCUACGGAACGAGAGAGCUUAUUCUCGUGCUUUCUGGAGUGCCUAUGAACCUGCUCCUCGCAUACAUCCCGAUCAAGAACAAGCAGACGAGAACAAAGGUUUUCCUGGCGUGCAAUCUAGUGCACGUAUUUGCCACUCACAUGCUGCAGGGGGCGCCCGAAGGCAACCCCUUCUUGAUUCUUACCGUUUCCAGCUUUUUCAUGAAGUACAUGUACAUAGGGAUGGAGUACCUCCCGGGAAGCAGUGGACUUAUGGCGUACUUCGGAUACGUCUUCUUUUUGCCAGGGCUUAGAUACGGCCCAGUGAUAAGCUACAGCACGUACGAAAAGUGGCUGAGCACAGGAUACAUGUAUCUGGCGGAAACAGCAGACCAGGCGGAGGUGCAGAAGUUUAUUGGGAAGGAAAAGGACCCAAAGGUCGUCUGCGACAGAAAGGAGGACUAUGUUAUGCACGUGUACAGCAGGCUAAUCAUGAACUCUGUUAUUUCUUUUAUCUACUCGGCCUUUUUUGUGAUCACGCACAGAGUGAUCGGCAAAGAGAUAGAAGCCGCAGGGAGGAAGCUGGCAGGAGCGUGGCUUUUUGAGAACACCAUUGCAGGACUCCAUCUGGGCAAGAUUCUGUACAUUUCCGCACUGUGGGUCUCUGAGGAGGGCGUGUACCAGAUAGGGUUUAUAGAUCGCGUUGAAAACACAAGGCUGCGCUCCUUCCUAAACCCGUGGAACCCGCAGGAGCUCUUUGAGCUCUGGAAUAUCGAAGGGGCAAAACUCGUCCGCAGACUCUGCGAAGCCCUCGCAAGAAAAGACAAAAAAGAAGAGGAAACCCCACAAAAAGAGGCCAAACCACAGAGAGAUUCCUCCGUGUGGGAAGGCGCAGUGCAGCACAUGCUCGCAUCCGUAGCGUCGUACGGACACAUUUUUGUCUUCCCCCUCCACGCAGGGUCGUGGCCAGUGGCAGUUGCAGCACUUGCCGCAAUGGGACUCUGCAGGAAGACCCCGCACAGAAGAAGAGAAAGCACUUGCUGGGCUUUUAUUAUAAACACGGCAGUGCACCUGCAGCAGCUUCUGGCGUUUUCAUACUUUGCCCUUCCGGUUGUUUACAGGCCAGCCAGGGUCCUGCAAAUGUGGAGGAGCUCCCUGGCGUACGGGCACUUCCUGUGCAUACCAGGGAUCAUUGAAAAAGUCCAGGGAGCAGUCAAAGUAGAGCCUUCCCCAGGCCAGCAAAAAGAAUAA